AUGCGACUCAGCAACUCAAUAUUCGUCGCAGUGGUGGUUUUGUCCGUGGUCGGUCCGACGAUGGCACGACAACGCCAAACAACCCAAUUCAAAGCCUUCUUCCCAGCAUGGAAUAACUAUCUCCUCGACAUAAUCGACAACGACUGCCCCGAGCAGCGCGACAUGUACAACGAUCCAUCCAACAACCCUAAAGCCUUCGGCCCAGGAUAUCACCUAGCCCUCUGCAUCCUCAACGAAAUUGACGAAUUCCGCAAAAUCGAGAUGGGUGUAACGACCCUUUUACUCGGCCUUCUCCCAACAAUGCUACAACAAGGAGGUCCAACAGUCGCCGAGGUAAGCGUUCUCGCGACUCGGCGCCCACUACUCGCUUCCUUACUCAGCAUCGCUAUGCCGUCAGUGAGUAUGGGCGGGCCCAUGGCCAAUCCCGCCGAAGCUUUGCGUCUGCCGGUCGAUUUUCAAGUUCGCGCCGGCUUUCUUGCUGUGGCUACUUGGCCCUGGAUAUUAAUUUCUAUGGCUGAGUAUAUCAUCGCUGCUGCUGGUGUUGCGAAUAUAUUUUAUCUUGUUUACCAGCUCGCGUACCGGUCUGUCUCUGUGUCUUCCAUCGCGAUGUAUAGCGGGAUCCUACCACAGACCUAUCCGAUAUUCAUGUGGCUUUCGCUCCUUGUUCCUGUUCAUACUUUCGGUUAUAUGAGCUUGAAGUUAUCAUACCGAGCAUCGGAAGAAGUUGGAAAUAUCGAGACUCCGAAGGUAAAGGCUCUGAGUUGGAAAUCGUGGCUUCGGUUCAUUGGCGGCGAAUUUAUUCCAUGCGCUCAAAGGGACCCGCUCCUCCUGGCGAAAGAAGAUAAGACGGUUCUUUCUAUAGUGGUGCACUAUUUGACCUCCCUUGCCACGGGUGUUGUGUUUGUCUUCGGCUCGGUGGCUUUGUCAAGCUGUAUUUUUAUUAGCUUGGCCGAUGUGGUUCCAGUUAUAGCCCGGGCCAUGCUGGGUAGUAUUGUGUGUCGGUUAGUUUUGACUUUCGAGCUGCACGGGAUGAGAGAGGUUACUAGUGCAAGUGAAUUAGAUUAUAGAACAAUAAGUAGCUAA